UCACCAUUCUUACUCUUCAUUCUUCAUUCUUCAUUCUCAUUUCUUCAUUCUCAUUCUUCAUUCCCUCUCAUUCAUUUUCAUUUGUCCCUACACUUGCCACCAACCUACUGGAGACACCCUACCACGCUUGCCACCACCACCAACACAGCAUAUCAAACAACAAGCAUUUCCGACUAUUGUCCGCGCAUUUAAACCACAGUACCUCGAACUCCACUUAUCUAAUCUGUGUACACCAUGAGCGUCUCCACACAGCUUGAUCCAGAAGAGUAUUACGUCAAACUCGAGCGCAUCGGCAAAGGAUCGUUCGGAGAGGUCUUCAAAGGAAUUGACCGCAGGACGAAAAAGCCGGUGGCUAUUAAAAUCAUUGACCUUGAGAAUGCAGAGGACGAGAUCGAUGAUAUCCAGCAGGAGAUCAACAUCCUGUCGCAACUGGACUCACCCUAUGUGACCAGAUACUUUGCUUCAUUCUUGAAGGGAGCGCAUCUUUGGAUCAUCAUGGAGUACUGUUCAGGAGGAUCCUGUUCUGAUUUGAUGAAAGCAGCCACCUUCAAGGAGGAUUACAUCGCGAUUAUCGCGAGGGAACUGCUCAAGGGCCUGGAAUACCUCCACGGCGAGGGCAAGUUGCACCGAGAUAUCAAAGCCGCCAAUGUUUUGCUGACGACCGAUGGUGAUGUCAAGCUCGCCGACUUUGGCGUGUCUGGACAGCUUACUGCGACUAUGACUAAAAAGAACACGUUCGUCGGUACUCCUUUUUGGAUGGCACCGGAAGUUAUCAAGCAAUCAGGAUAUGACAACAAGGCCGACAUCUGGUCACUGGGCAUCACCGCUAUUGAGCUGGCCAAGGGCGAACCGCCGUAUUCAGAUAUGCAUCCAAUGAAGGUGUUGUUUUUGAUCCCCAAGAGCACGCCGCCAGUCCUUGAGGGCAAUUACUCCAGAGCCUUCAAGGACUUUGUGGCUGCAUGCCUUCAGAAAGAUCCAGCUCUGCGCCCCUCCGCAAAAGAACUCGCAAAGCAUAGGUUUAUUAAGUCUGCCAAAAAGUCUUCGUACUUGACAGAGUUGCUGGAACUCCAUGAGCGCUGGGUGGCAGAGGGUGGUGCACGCGAGAGCGAGUCCUCUGACGACGAUGCAGAAAACAACCGAUACGAGGACGCAGAGGAUGGCGACUGGGACUUUGGAACAGUACGUGUACCGACAGCGGUGGUAAUGCCACCACCGGGCCCCACCCCGGUCCAGGUCCCAACAGGCAGGAAUCCGAGCCCGCCAUCGUCCCCGAGUGACCAUGGAUCGUAUCGUAGCAAUGGUCAGAGGAACAGUCAGGGCUACAAGCACAGCAACGGAAAGAGUAACGGUGCAAGUAAUGGGUCCCACCGAAGCGACGAGGUGAAGCAUGCAGAUUCGGGAUACGACACGGUUCGGAAGCAGAAUUAUCGAAAUGUUGAAAACCUGGCGGUUCAGGAGCGCAGGGAACGUUAUAACUCUGGCGAGAUGACCCGCGAUAAAGUUUACCAGACGUUUGUCCGACCUGUAUUAAACAAUCUUCAUGGACUUUGCCACCGCGACAGUGAGCGCCAUGUGAUUGAGGAUCUUCGGUUAGCAUUUGAGAACGCAGAGCGCGAGAUCCCGGGGAUUACCCGUCUGUUCGUGAAGAGUCUGAGCGAGCAAUUGGACGGAUAGAGAAAGACCAGGCAGAGGUCCCCCUUUCUGGAUCGUAAUAAUAAUAAGGCGCAAAAAACGCGCAUGGAUGGAGAAGGGUUGAGAUAUUGUCCGAGCGAAUUAUGUAUAUACAUUAGGCGAGUCUCCCCUACGUUCACCAUUCAUGACCCACACAUCCUUCUAAAACAUACCCAUCCUUCCUUUUCCCAAACGCGAUUCAAGAGAUCUUUCAUUUUUGUAUGAGU